ACCGUGGCGGCGCUCACUCCAGAAGAAAAGGAUGCAAUUAAAGGACAGUAUGAAAAGCUCGUGGAUGCUUUUGGCUGCUUAGGAGAGCUUCAGCUUAAAUGUGGUAACGCUCGGCUGCACUUUCUGGUCCUGGUGACAGGCUGUACAUCGGUGGGCAAAAUCCUGGAUGCUGAAGUUUACAAAAUUACUGCAACAGAUUUCUGUCCUCUCCAGGAAGAAACCAAGGAAGACGAGCGCGUUACUGCCUUGAAGAAAAUACUGAACUCUGGGAUGUUCUAUUUCUCCUGGCCUAAUGCAGGCUCAAACUUUGACCUGACUGUGCGGGCUCAGAAGCAGGGUGAUAACAGCUAUGAAUCUGGUAACUCGUUCUUCUGGAACCAGCUAUUGCACGUGCCCUUCAAGCACUACCAGGUGAACUGCUCCGACUGGCUGCUGAAGGUGGUCUGUGGCGUCGUGGACAUCCGCACUGUUUAUGCUUCCCACAAGAAGGCCAAAGCCUGCCUCAUCUCCCGCAUCAGCUGCGAGCGGGCCGGUGUCCGCUUCCACGUCCGAGGGGUCAAUGAUGAUGGACACGUGUCCAACUUUGUUGAGACAGAGCAGACAAUUUACUUGGAUGAUGAUGUCUCUUCCUUUGUGCAGAUCAGAGGCUCUGUUCCACUGUUUUGGGAGCAAACGAGACUUCAGGUUGGUUCCCGCCAUUUAAGGCUCAACAGAGGUCUGGAAGCCAAUGCACCUGCCUUUGACAGGCAUAUGAUGCUUCUGAAAGAGCAGUAUGGAAAACAAGUGAUCGUUAACCUAUUGGGAAGCAGAGGAGGAGAGGAGGUGCUCAACAGAGCUUUUAAGAAACUGCUAUGGGCAUCUUCCCAUGCGGAAGACAGUCCCAUGAUAAACUUUGACUACAACCAAUUUGCAAAAGGUGGGAAAACUGAGAAACUGGAAAAUUUGCUAAGGCCUCAACUGAAGUUGCACUGGGAAGACUUUGGAAUCUUCUCAAAGGGCGAGCAUGUAAGUCCACGUCUGCAGACAGGUACUUUUCGAAUGAAUUGUUUGGACUGCGUGGAUCGUUCUAAUAGUGUACAGUCCUUCGUUGCGCAGGAGAUACUGUUUGCUCAAUUAGAGAGCCUUGAUUUGAACUCUAAACCUAUAAUUGAGCGCUUUGUGGAAUCCUACAAGGAGAUGUGGACUCUCAAUGGUCAAAAUCUGAGCAGAGUAUUUAGUGGCAGUCGUGCCCUUGAGGGGAAGAACAAGGUUGGGAAGCUCAAGGAUGGUGCCCGCUCUGUGUCUCGUAGCAUCCAGUCAAAUUUCUUAGAUACAGUGAAGCAGGAAGCCAUUGAGCUGCUGCUCAUGGGUGACUUCUACCGUGAGGAAUAUGCAGACAAGGGCAAGAUGCUCAUGGACCAGACUGCACUGCUGGUAACUCCAAGUAUUUUGAAGGCCAUGUCAGAGCGUCAGUUUGAAUUCACAAGCUCCAAGCGUGUUCGUGUUGCCACGGGGACCUGGAAUGUGAAUGGGGGAAAGCAGUUUCGAAGCAACAUCCUUGGCACCAGUGAGCUGACAGACUGGCUGCUGGACUCUCCCAAGCUCUCAGGAGUUUCAGAAUUUCAGGAUGAUGAUAACUGCCCUCCUGACAUAUUUGCAGUGGGAUUUGAAGAGAUGGUUGAAUUAAGUGCAGGGAACAUUGUGAAUGCCAGUACAACGAAUAGAAAAAUGUGGGGAGAGCAGCUUCAGAAAGCUAUUUCCAGGACUCAUCGCUACAUUCAGCUGACAUCAGCACAGCUUGUUGGUGUUUGUCUUUUCAUCUUUGUACGACCAUAUCAUGUCCCCUUCAUCAGGGAUGUAGCAAUAGACACCGUGAAGACAGGAAUGGGAGGAAAAGCUGGGAAUAAAGGGGCAGUGAGCAUUCGUUUUCAGUUCUAUAGUACCAGUUUCUGCUUUAUAUGCAGUCACUUGACUGCUGGGCAGACUCAGGUGAAAGAGAGGAAUGAAGAUUAUAAAGAAAUCACACAGAAACUCAGCUUCCCAAUGGGGCAGAACAUGUUCUCCCAUGACUAUGUCUUCUGGUGUGGUGAUUUUAACUAUCGCAUUGAUCUAACGUAUGAAGAAGUCUUUUAUUUUCUCAAACGUCAAGACUGGAAGACACUUUUGGAAUUUGAUCAACUACAGCAGCAAAAAUCCAGUGGAAAAAUUUUUAAAGACUUCCAUGAAGGGACUAUUAAUUUUGGACCAACAUAUAAAUACGACGUUGGCUCGGAGGCUUAUGAUACAAGUGAUAAGUGCAGAACCCCAGCAUGGACUGACAGAGUGCUUUGGUGGAGGAAGAAACUGCCCUUUGAAAAAACAGCUGGAGAGAUUAAUCUUCUGGACAGUGAUCUGAGUGCUGAUACUAAAGUCAGGCAUACCUGGACGCCUGGAGCCUUGAUGUACUAUGGGAGAGCAGAGCUGCAAGCGUCCGACCACAGGCCAGUGUUAGCUAUUGUAGAAGUGGAAGUUCAGGAAGUUAAUGAAGCUGCCCGUGACAGUGUUUUCCGAGAAGUGUCAUCUUUCCAGGGACCACUGGAUGCCACAGUAGUGGUAAAUCUGCUGUCACCAACACCUGAAGAGAAAAAUGAAUUUCCUGAAGACUUGCGUACAGAGCUUAUGCAGAUGUUUGAGGAUUAUGGCACUGUUGUUCUGGUCAGGAUCUGUGGAGGUCAAAUGCUGGUGACAUUUGCAGACAGCAAGUCAGCUCUUCGUGUUAUGGAUAUAGAUGGUGCCAAAGUUAGAGGCAGAACAGUGAAGAUCCAGCCCAAGACUAAGGACUGGCUAAAGGGCCUUCAGGAGGAAAUUGCACGAAAACGGGACAGCAUUGUCCCCAUGUCCCCCACGGCAAACUCCCACCUUCUGGAAGAAAAUUUUGACUUCUCAAGUUUGGACUAUGAGUCAGAAGGUGAUAUAGAGGAUGAAGAUGAUUAUUUAGAGGACGCUCUGUGUCAACACCUAGCAGCAGACACAGCAGAAGAUACACACUGUACAUCCACAGCUCUUUCAAACAAAUCUGGACAAACCCCCCGCCUGUAUAAAGAUGAUGCAGACCUCGCUGAUUUGAAGCGGGAGCUGGAGGCCAGCGGGGAACGCAGCCGCCGCAUUCCCAGCAGGUCUCUGUCCAUCCCUACCCGGCCUCAGCCACUGCAGCCACCACAGAGGCCUCCCCCUCCCGCUGGAACAUCAGGCAAAAAGUCCCCCUCAGAUGGUUCCCUCUCUCCAGGAAGCCAUUCCACCUGCUCCAUCCUGGCAACAGCAAAGCUGCUUCCCGGAGCCCCUCAGCAGCCACCCAAAGUCCGGACUGGAAUAAGCAAACCUUACAACGUCAAGCAGAUCAAAACCACCACAGCUGAGGAAGCAGAAGAAGCUAUUAGAUGUCUUAUGGAGGCCAAAGGAGCUGUACAGGAAGAUGCAGUAAAGCCUGUUCCAGCCAGAAACCAAACUUCCUGCAAACCUGAGGCUCUUCCCAGCAUCACAAAGUCAGCUUCAGGAGCAGUGCCUGUGCCUCAUCGCCCACCACCCAAAGUUCCAACUCCAAAGAAGCCAGUGCCCCUGCAAAGGACAGGAGCCAAGGGGGAAAAUGCCAUGUCUCCAGAAGACCCAUUCGACCAACAGACAGCACAGUCUCCUUUUGGCUUGCUAGAGCCCCAUCUAGAUGCUGGAGCUAUUCUUAGACCAACCAAGAUCACUCCAAUCCCUAAACCCAGAACACUAGCUGGGAAGCCUCCAGAGAGCAGGGGGAGCAGUGAAAGGCAGCCCCUGUCAGCAAGCACAGCUGAGGCCAUGGUGCUGCCUCCCCAGAGCGCUGCCUUUGCCCCAAAGGUGCCACCACGAAGGAAGAAGUCGGCUCCUGCAGCUUUUCAUCUCCAAGUUCUCCAGGGCAGUGACAGCCCCCUUUUCAGUGGCUCACUGUACAACUCCAACAACAACAACCCCGGCUCCUGCCCCCAGACUCAUGGCCCUGCUCGCUCGGCUCCCGCAGCCUCGGCCGGCCCUGCAAACAGCACAACUCAGCCCUUGGCCCCCAGUGCUGCAGAACUGAUGGGGAAGCUCCAGGGCCCUUCUGCACCAGCAGGCCAGCAUCCACAACAACUGGAUACCGGCUCCUUUCCAGAGAACACCAAUCUUCUGGACCUGGACAUUCAUUCUUCCUUCCCUCUUUCCACACAGGCACCGUCAGCUGCUUCUCCAGCACACACUUCAGAAAGUUUAAAUCAGCCCAAUGUGAAAGAUUUCAGUCACUGGGUUACAUUUAGUGAUGAUGAAGACAGCAGUGCAGUGGCAGACGGGUUCAACAAACUGCUUGUCUUACAACAAAACAAAAAUACCUUAAAGAAAACAAAUACUGACUUAGAGUUGUAAAAUUUUACUCCCUUAGGGUUCCAAAAGAAAUCAUAAUUAUGAUGCAAAAUUUUAAGAAAAAAUCUUUUUUAUAUUUAAUGAAAUAGAUCAUCUGUCCAUGCUACAUUUCAUUUUCACAUUUAAAGACACGGCCCCUGGAGGGAAGUAUAUGAAGUACAUACAACCUAACAUUACCUACAGCUCAUCUGAAAACUUCCUUAUUCUAAGUUAUUUCUUUUUAUUAAUCCAUCUUAAGAUGUUUUAUUUCAUUUCAAGUACAAAUCAUAUGCAAGAACAUGUAAUGAUGUAUGGAAAAAAAGACAUUUAAAAAAACCCCAACAUUUUCCUUUGGAAUAUAUAUUUUAAUCAAUUUCUGUUGUUUGAAAUAAAGCAUCCUUACUUCGAAGAGUUUGUCUGCCAGUUAUUCUGGAACAAACAUCCCAAGGAGGAAUGUACACCAGUAUAACAACAGCAGUAACACUGGUUUUGCUCUGCUGCAAGUUUCCAAAACUCACCCUGGUUUUUGUUCCCAAGCCCAUGACCAACAGCACACUUUGAAAAGGGACUGUAGUUUUCCAAUGCUGUUUCACUGCAGAGAUGCUAUAGGCUGCUUGUGCGUUGUCCGUGCAGAUCCCGAGGAAAUAUGGGAAUGGUUGAGACCAGCUGCUGUCACAGGUGUUGGCAUGGGCAUGUCUUAUGCUAAAGGCAGUUCAGCAGUUCAGGAGUUGUGUCCCUGUUCCCACUCUCUUCACAAGCAAAUGCCACGUCGGUCUUCUGUUUGCACAGCGCAGGUGAGGAGCGAGCUGCUCCUUUCUGCCUUGCCUGUGGGGCAAAACUGUGCACGAUGGAUGCCACUUGUGCAAAGCAGGCAGCUAAUAACCACAUUGCAACUUGGCCUGGCAACUUGUUAAGAGAAGCAUCAAGAUCUUUCAUUAAUAAAGGAACGAGAACAUUUUUAAGCAGGUGGUGAAGCUGAAAAAACAACUAAUUUUCAAAAAAAUUUUUAAGAUGUAUUAAAAAAGUUAAGGUUUUUUUUCCUUUUUCUACAGGAAAAUUAAUUAGCUUGUUCUGAGCUUCCUGAACACUGGGAAUGCAGCCAUUUUCUUCCUCACAAUGCCUACCUGGUUCUCUGCCACUGCCAGAUUUUGAACACAAGAGAUCCUGUAAGAGAGGAUGCUGCCUUUGAGCACCUGUCAUCCUCCUCUGCUCUCUCGUUUGCCAGACACUUCAAAAAAACCCCCAGAACCUUCAAAGGCCAAGCCCAUAAAGCCCAGUGCUAAGCUUCUCCUGUGAGUGCCAGCAUAACGUGGUUGCAGGCUGGUGAAUAAUAUAAGACACUCAUUUCCCUACAAGAUGACACAAAGCCUUUGCCUCUUGGUCCUCCUCUUAAAAAAUACAGUGAAUAUUUAUGGGCACAUCUCAGUAUGAAACAUUAGCAGUAAAAAAGAAAGAGUACGGUAUAUGAUCACAUCCAACAUUUUCUGCAAAGAUAAUUAACAGCUCUAGGACAGCUAAUUUACAUGUUAAUGAAAGUGUUAGCAGGAAAGCCAAUUAAACUGGAUUUAUACAAGUCAAAUAAAAUCUGCUUUAUUACUCUCCUUGAAUAAGAGACGGAUGUGGCCUUUAGCAUUCUAUCUGAUGUCUGUGUCUGUGGCAAGCUGCCCACUGCAGGAUGAAUCCCGGCAGCUCACUGCUUUAUGCUGUCAGUGACAGGAGAUAUUGCUCAGUCGCAGCAAAUCAAGGCAAGGGGACAGACAGUCCAGCUGAAAAGGUUACAGCACAGAAUGAGGAAUCUCCUGUCCCAAUAAAUUACCUUCCACACUGGUGCCCAACGUCCCAGCCAAGUGUUUUCUCAGAGGCAGGAGCUUGUGACCUGCUUGUGAUCUGGUUCUAGUUUCAAUGGUCACAGGAAGAAAAGCAGAGCCAGACUUGCUCCAUGUUUGGGAAAGCAGUAUGGAAAACUCAGACUGCAGGAGGCAGUGACUCUCUCCUUCUCAUCUGGGAUUAAGCCAGGCCCCACCUGCAAAAAGAGGCCAAGUAACCUGAACCCUUACUACCUGAUGUCCCCAACCAGGGAAUCACAGCACAGCUCAGCUGCCCAGCCUCUUUGGGACAGAAUCAAUGGAAAUCAGUGUCCUCAGGGACAGCUGUCACUCACUCUUCAGGGGCAAUUUGUAUGCUUGUAGGGAGUGGUUAUCCUGUGGCAUGCUUUUGGUCAUGAAGCCAGCACUUGGCAAAAAGUGCUGAUGGCAGCUGUGAAGCCAGGUGUGGUUUACCAGACACAAGUCUACAAGUGUCUGCCUCAGUAUGUGGGGCUUUGGCAAGACACCACACGUGAGCUUGCCCAUGGCUGCAGUCCUGCAGCUUCAAGGUGCAGCAGGCACCCUGGUGGCUCUGCUGCAGUCGUGUUUGGGGUGGGUAAGUGGCUCUCCCUGGUAAAGCAACUGCCUGACUCAGCUUUUUUGGGGAGAUUAUCACUGAAACAAACAAAAGAAAGAGAACCAAGAAGAAUUGGUCAGAAUUUUCACUCUGACAAAACAACAUUUUUGCUUUUCCCUUUUCAUCCAGAAUUGGGAUUUUCACCAGAUGGAAAACUUUUCAUCAUCUUUUGUGCAUCAGGAAGCACAAAUCUCAGCAGAAGCCAGUUCACAGCACUGUAAUCACAGCAAUUGAAUACUUGGUUGCUGUUACUGCUAGAAACACCAACAGUUAUACCAGACUGCUGGACAGCAAGAGGACUGACCAACCCAUUUUAGCCUUCCCUUCCCAUCUCACCAUUUCCUCUUGGAUGCCACAAUGCAGAUGAAACAUCAUCUCCUCAGAUAACUCACACACAACCUGCCUGCCACACCUGCAGCUGAGCCACUGGAUGGCAUUAAGAGUACUUUGAGACCUGAGAAUUUACACAAAGACACUACUCUCAAUUAGUGUGGCACCAGGAAGCAUAAAAGCAUCCAAUUCCUCAUGGGAAGCAGACAUGAAUGCUCAGCCACAGAGCUGCUGGCCCUCAAACUGAUGUCUGUACACACUUCAGAAGACACUGCUGCAAAAUCCAAAGCACAACUGACAAACUGCUCAGUUUGGCAAAACGUGCCAGACCAGCCACCCCAGCACUGUGCCUCCUACCCAAGCAAAGGGUAAUGUCACAUUCUCCCAGCACAAGACAAGCACUAAAAGAUAUGCAGAUCUUUAGCAAAAAAGAACAUGGUCCAGAGUAUUCAGCUGGCAGAUCAUUAACCUUUAAUACACUUUGUGACAUAUCCAAGACAUUUUUAAAUCACAUUUCAUUAGUAUAUUCCAAAAAAAUAAAACCCAAACCCCCAAACCCAGCAACCCCCCACCAAAUAUUAGUUUUAGAAGUUACACAUAUAUAAAUACAGUUACAAAAAGGAGAACAUUGCCUUAAGAAUUCCAGUUACAAAACAUAGCUGCAUUUGCUAAGAUUAAUGUUUUAAGUCACUGAUCUGAAUCUGUGUAAGCCAAAGGAGUCUACUAAAACUAAUAGAUUUGUCACAUGAAACAAGCAUUCAGUUAUUAGAAGUCUUGUCUAUUCACCAUGAAUUCCACAUACUCUAUUCUGUGCAUACAAAGUGUACUAGUAUAUUUACACUCUGAAGUCUAAACCAGUGUAAAAAAUAUAGACCUCUUCAGGAAUAAUGACAUCUCUGUUACAUUUUCUAUACAAAAUACUGCCAUGCAGUGUUCUUACCUACCUCUCAGUUAGGGGGGGAAAUGCUCUUUUUGCCAGUGUAGCGCUGUACAGUCUCUGUACUGCUCUUGUGAAUUUUACUUUGCAGUUCCCUCAAUUUCCAGUGUAAAGCUGCAUUCAAGUCUAUAAAUUCAAGUGUAUUUUGAGCUGCAGUGUCCUCCUGGGCUGCCCUCAGGGCCUGGCAGGACUGCAGUGCCCACAGCACCAAGCCCAUGCAGGACUGCAAGGUGCACCCCACAUCCUUGGCAGCUUUCAGAGCCAUCAUUUGAAGGACACCAAUACUGGAUCCAUCUCACAGGAGUGGCAUGAGGAGACACCUCAAGCCUGUCAUCAAUACAGACCUCAUUUAACAAAUGGUCAGCAAAGGCAGUACAGCUCUACACAGCCCAUGUUUGUUUUCAGAGAGGGAUGCAGGUGUAAAGAAAGGGACUAAAGAGACCACAAUAACAUGAGGCUGCUUCUAGCCACAGUGCAAAUUAUUUAAGACUUCAAAAAAGUGACUGUGCACUGCCAUUUUUUCAUCUAAAAAUACUGAUUUCUCAUCAGUACUGUUAGGGUAUCCUAAACAUAAACAAACCUAAACUCAAAUAAGACACUGCUGGUUUUCUCUGUAUCUACACCAGCAGACACAUUCAGGCCCCAGGAAACCAAAACAUUUGUGGUAAUUUCCAGUGAGGCCUUAAAAUCACCUGAUUUUCUUCCUGCUUUACCUUUUUCUACCUCAGCUCCAAACUGUAAGCAUCAGCUUUCUUGUCAGGGCCUACAUCUGUUGUGCUCCACCUGAGCAUUUUCAAUGCUCUUCUUUAAAUCAGCUACAGAAAAGUUUCUGUAUGAGUAACACGAGCCAGGGAUUUGACUGUACCAACUUCUUGGAGUCUCCCAAGAGCAAAGAAGAAGAGCUGAGCUCAUCAAACACACCCUCAAUGUGAACAAGCACAGAACUGCCCUGUCUGACCAGACACACACAGUCCUAACGAAAGCAGUCUCACAAGUUGCUAAGGUUAGGAGGGAAAUGUACAAGAUGAACAUUUCUUUUUUUUUUAUUUUCAUUAAAACAACCACAAUUUUCUAAGCAAGGCAAGCUACCAACCUGUCUCUUUCUCAUGCAGAAAAACAGAUGCUGUGUCUGCUGACCAAUCUGGCUGAUGUAUUAAAAGAAAAGGCAAAUGACAAAACCUCCUAAAAUUGGGUCAUUAGGCCAAAGUGCUACCUUAAUUCACUUGAAUACUAAUUUUUCAGGCUCCAGUCAGGCUACCCUAACAUGGACAGUAAACCAAAACUUUGCAGCAGCCACAUGCUGCUUCUCCCCUUUGACACAGCAAAUAACCACCUCAUUAAAUUGCUUCUAAUCCUGUCUAUAAGACUUUAUCCCAGGUGUAUAUUUACCUGCUUUCAAAGCAAACUUAGGUUGUUUUUUUUUUUUUUUUUUUU